AAAACAACAGUGCGCAUAGUUUCCGGAAAUUAGGAAACUCGUGAUGGCAGGAGGCGAGGCAGAGAGAGGAUGAGCUGCAGUUGUGGAGCGCAGGGAGAUUCGGGCCUUUUAGAGAGGAUUUUAUCAACACUGUGACACUUGGAACUAUAAUGGACGCGUUAAACCCGGCUGCGGACAGAAGUGUGGAGCAGGAUAGAGCUGACAGCGCUGUGAACUGAAGCAGGGAGGAUAUCUCCGGGUCUGUCCUGGACUACUGACUGUAGCUGAAAGUGUGAGUUCAGUAAGCUAGCUAACGCUGCCUAAGCGCUCGGUUUGCUUCCUAGUGUGGAUUUUUUUCGCCUUCAGCUAAUAUGACACGACAUGCUCUGGAGCAGGUGACAGAUUUCGGGGAUUUUACAAGAGGUAAAGAGCUGAAAGAGGUUUUAAAGCAGUCUUUUAACAGCAGCAGCCCUUCACAGAACUGUCUGUCGAAUGUGCGGGUCAGUCCGGAUGGCCGACACAUUCAUGUUAUCCAGCAGACUCCCAAAAGUGGUCUCAUGACAUGUGACAAAUAUCAAAGAGCCCAUCUCGUUCAGUGCCAGAAGCAGCUGGAUUUGGUGUUGACACGGAAUCUCCCGAUUGUUGAUGUGAUUUAUUUUGCUCAUAGCUCAGCAGAUGAUGGCAGUACAGUUCUGGGAGUGAUCUUUGAGAAUGGCAAAGUUGAGUUCUGGAGGUUUUCUGAGAGGAAAUCUGGUUGGAACUUGUUCCACUCUGCCGAUCUGUGUAACAGCCCCAGAGCAAAGAUUGUGUCUGUCUGCCUGUGUCAGAAUUUCAUCAUCUGGUGUGAGGAGAGACCCCCAUCAGAGCUUCAGAGUUCAUCAGUCUCCAGCGUGCCUCGUAAUAACUUCAGAUUCUGCAUCUGCAAAAGGACUUUUGAAGUGGAUGAAGGAGGUGUCAGUUUGGGGGGGGUGAAAAUUGCCCUACACAAUAAUCCUUGUUAUCUGGUUGUCAGUUCUGGAGAUCUUGUGUAUCUGUUGCCGGAUACAAAUGAGCAUCCCAUCAUCCCUGUCUCAAAAGUCUUCCUGGCGUGGUCCCCUCAGCACGACAUCUUCAAAGUUCACAGUGUGAGCAGUGGAACUCUCCUCAUCAGAAAUUCCACAGCAAACAAAGAGUCUGACUUUAAGAGACUUGUCACAGACUGCAUCGGAAUUCUCUCCCUCAACAUCACGCCCCCUGACAUCUGUGGCUUUUGUCCAACUGGAGCUGGAGAUCUCCUGCUCCUCCUCAGCACCGGAUGGGUCUGCACUAUGCAGAGAGAUGGGGUCUUAAGGCACAUUUAUAAACUCCCCGACAACUGCCUCACUACCUGUGGGACACAAAACAGCCUGAAGCUCUACCGUGACAUCAUUGCAUUAACAGCAGGCAGGAUGAUGUACUUGAUCGAUGCUAAGUGUGGCCUGGAGAUGCAGAGAAUCACUCUGAAAAGGGAGGGCCUUCUCUUUGUGAACUGUUUAGAGAGCCAUUCCCCACAGAUGCUCUCAGAGUCUGGGUUAUUUGUGGUCAUCCAGAGGGAGGUGGAAGCAAAACUCAAGCCGUCAGGAGCUCAUUCAGAGAACAUCAAUCCCAGUGCGAUCUUGGCCGAGGCUGUGUUUGAGGAGGCUUGUAAAUAUUACCAGCAGCGAAGUCUCAGCACCACACAGCUCACGGUUGAGAAACUCAAGAAGGGCGGGAUGUUUCAGGCACCCAUCUCGCUGGCAGCCAUCAUCAGGGAUUACUUGAGCAAUCAGAAGAUGAAAAGUGCAGGACAUGAGAAGCUGUUAAGCUCCCUUGACUCUGAGCUCAAGAGUCUUGUUGCCCUUGAGGACAUUAAAACAUCAAUGGUGAAGGCCUCAGAGAAGAAUCUUGCGAAUAGCUGUGAGACUCUGGUUCAUCAGGAAAUCUCUAGGCUGCUGAGCUCAGAGAUUGAUAGGGAAAACCUUCAGUACCUGAACAGCAUCUUCAACUUGUUUCCCACUGAGACCUGGCAGGCUGUGCAGACGGUUCUCCAGCUCAGAUGCAAUGGGGAGGGUUCGCUGUCUAGCAAGGCUCCAGCUGAGUUGUGGAAGAUUGUGCUGUGCCCUGUCCAAACAACGGCUAACUUCACCCACUGCAAUGGUCAGCAGUUACAGACGCAUGCUCCAGCCAAUGUAGCAGUGCCUGUGUUUGAGUUGCUGUGUCACACCAUCUUUAAAUUCCAGCCCAGCUGGCUGCCAAGGUUUCUGGAGCUGGCACAGCAGCAGUCUGUCUCCUCUACCACUUCUUCCUGGAGUUUCGGAGUAAAGGAGAGCUCGGAGAGUCUGCCGUUAUAUAAGCGGGCCCUCGCUGUGCUCCCUUGCAAAGGUGCCUACCAAGACCUGGAAGUGGAGCUGCUGUUGUGUAGCCAGCGGCCUAAUGCAGUAAUGCAAGCCCUCCGCAUCCUCAUGGGCCUAGGUCAAUGGGAUCGUGUUACCCAGGUGGCGCAGAGGUUCUGCUGCCAGAGCCCCCUUCUCAACAAAGAGAUUUUCACCACCCUGCUGUGUGAAGUGUCCCAGCACAGACACCUGGACCCAUACCUGGACUUAUUGUGGGCCCUGUGCCCAGAGGACAUGACUGUGACUGGGAUUCUUAACAUUGUGCUAAAGAACCUGCCCUCCUCCGGGCAGUCCUGCACAGGGCCGUUCCAGGGUUCACAGCACAGCAGCCAGCUUACCAUUGGGCUCCUGAAGCCCCUGCUGACUAAAGUUCUCCAGCGAGAGACCAAACCCAGCCAGAGGUACGCAGACAUCCUCCAGUCACCUACCCACCCGCCCCCUACACCUCCACGCCAAGUUAAAGGUCUACCAAAGGUCACCACUGAGCUGGACAUUGACCUCAGUGAGAGAGGUCCCUCUGGGUCUCAAGUCGGCCUCGUCUGACAUUCCCACACGCAAAUCAUCUCACUCACUGUCUUAAGUGACUGUAUUUCAUGCACAGGAUAUGCUGGAAACUUACUUACAGAUCUUACAGACUGUUGUUGUUGGGUUUAGAUAUUUAAAAAUGUAAUGCGAGGCCUUGGAAACUACUGAUUGGUUUGUAGUGAACAUCAGAAGAGAAGAUUUUAUUUGAAUGUGAAUAUGUUUUAUUGUGCCUUUAUUUUUUAACUUCCUCCAAUUUUUCCUUUUCUGUUUCAUGCUGGCCUUACUAAAGGUGUUGGAAAAGCACAUAAACCUUUUAAAUAAUUUCAUUAUAUGGAGUAUUGUAUGAAAUAUGGCCUACAGGUGGGGCUGGACAAUAAUGUAAUAAAUUUAGUAUAUAUGGGAAUAGAAAAUGUUGAUAUAAUGAUGAUAUGAUUUUUCAGAUAUUGCAAUAUACAUUAUUUACAGCAUUGGUCAUUGACGGAUGCUCAUUACAUGGUGCAUUACAUGAGUUGGGAAAUUCAUUGUUCAGAGGUAUGUACAUACAGAUAUUUAUUAUAAUUGUUCAUAUCUGUAUUAAACAUACAUAGUAUUAAACCAUAUAUAUUGUGAUACAGAUUUUGUCCAUAUUGUCCAGCCCUACCUACAGGAAACUUUGGUCAUGAUAGAGCUAUUGAACACAUUGUCUAAUUCCAGGCCUCACACACAGUGUUAAGAAGUGAGGUUAUAGGUGUGCUGUUCUGCAUACAGCAGCUUAGAGCUACCUGAGGUUCAGUGUCUUGUGCAACUGCAGUGAUGAGAGAAAAUACAGGCAUAAAAACACUUCUGCCAGCUCCUGUCCGUAAAUAUUUCAUUUAAAAACUUGCUGUGAACACUACAUUAGAGACAUGCAAUAACGUGUAUUGUAAAUUAAAAUGUGCAUGUGCGGAGGUUUAACACUUGUCCUAGUAAUUUAAUGAAGGAGUGCUUGUAAAUGCUUUUAAAAUAUAGUUUGCUUCUGAAAACAUGACUCUUUUAUUGGCACAUUGAUGUAGAAACAAAAUAUCAGAAAACACUAUUAUUAAUGAAAAAAAUAAUGAAAUAUAAUUAAAGACUUGUUGAAUAUAAGCCA